AUGGCGCUUAAAAAUUCAUUACCAAAAGCGCAGUUCCUACGAGUUAUAAGGAACAACUCUGAUGCUCAAAUCAUGGAAGCACAGAUAAAAGAAAUGAAAAUUAAGUUCUUACAAAGGGGUUAUGAUAAUUGCAUCCUCGAGACAGCGCUUCAAGAAGCACGAAUGGCACGCGCUGUUGAAAUUAAGAACAAGUCAUCACAAUUAGUGUUCCAAAUGGUAUAUCACCAAACUUCUCCACAAAUAGCCGCUUCACUUAAGAAGAACUGGAAAAUAUUAAAAAGUGAUGAAACACUGCCCAAUGUGUUCAAGGAAGCACCAACAAUAUGCUAUAAACGAAAUAAAAAUCUGAAAGACCUUUUAGUCCAUACAGAUUCAGUAGCCAGUUACCAGAAGGUGUCAAAAGAACAGAAGAGAGGAUCGGUAAGGUGCCUAGGAUGCGUUACAUGCAGUCACAUGACGCCGUCAAAGACGUUUAAUCACCCACAUAGAAAUAAAAUCUACACAAUUAGAUACACAAUUACAUGUAAAACUACACAUGUAAUCUACAAAUUAAGUUGUCCAUGUGGACUUUGUUAUGUCGGGAAGACGGAAACAGCAAUAUGUGAACGCAUCAGAGGACACAGGUCCAGUAUUCGAUUAGCUUACAGGGAUGGCCAUACAGAUAAACCUGUGGCGAAACACUUUUUGGAAAAAAGACAUAUGCUAGCUACAUUAAAGUUCAUAGCAAUUGACCAUAUACCACCUCCCAGAAGAGGAGGGGAUAGGGGGAAAAUGCUACUGAAUAAAGAAGCAUUUUGGAUAUAUGAACUAAAUACAGUUGCCCCUAAUGGACUAAAUGAAGCGCUAUCCUUACACUCGUUUAUAUGAUACCACCUUUUGACCCUUGCUUGCCCAAGUUAUUUAUUAUUUAGUAUUUUUAAUAUUGUAUAGUUUUAGAUAUAUAGUUUGGCAGACGUGACAGCUCUAAAGGGUGGACUAGUGGGAGCUAAUAUAAAUAAAUAUAAAUAAAUAUAUACAUUAAUACAUAUAUACUCAUCCCUCUCUAGUUAAUUGGGAUUUAGAAAGUAUAUAUGAUUAGCAUUAUAAAUCUUUUCAGUCUCCCAUAUUUUUACAAAGUAAUAGUCCAUGAAUAUAUAGCUGUCACUUCUACUUUACUACGUAUAUAUGUAUAUAUAGAAGUGUGAAUAUGUAUAUAUAUGUACCUUGAUUCUAUUGUUAGGAUGCCUAUAGAUUUGUAUGUUAAUAUAUUUUUUUUCCACGUAUUUGCAUUCAUGUUUUACUUUGAUUUUCCAGCACAGCACUUGGCACUUUAGUAGUUAAUAUCAUAUUCUAAUUGGCACUUUAUAUCAUCCCACUGUAGUACAUAGGGACGGGAUGAAUAUAUUUGCACAUCCCAUCCUAUAUAUUUCACUUCUAGCACUUUAAUAUACCUUAGGGAAAGGAUUCCCAUACUAUCAUUAUUAAUGAUUAUAUUCCUCUCACAUUAACACCGCAUGUACACAGGUUACGAGAGUAGCAGCUACCUAGCUGCCAUGGAAACCGCAUUUUACAGCGUUGCCAUGACAGCGACGGCAGCGGCACGAGGUGACGUCACAAAAUAGGGCGGGGCUUGUUCACGCAUGCGCACUUUCGCGGCUAGGACGCCGGUCUCACACUCAACACCUGGGGUAAGUUGUUAUCAUAUUUUACAAUGAUUGUAUCCACUAUAUAAGAUCUAAGAGUUUGUAAUUUUGGUAAUCCUGAUGAAAGUCCACAAGAUGGACUGAAACGUCGAUUUUAUGGAAACAGAAUAAAAGUUAUUUUUUAUGGAAAUCCGAGAGUGCAGCCAUUCUAUUUGCCUAUAUAUAUAUAUAUAUAUAUAUAUAUAUAUAUAUAUAUGUGUGUGUGUAUACUCUCUAUACAUACACAAUCCCCAGUGUGUGUCAUGCAUGUUGUUAUAUAUAUAUAUAUAUAUGUAUGUAUGUAUGUGUGUGUGUGUGUAUGUGUAUAUAUAUAUAUAUAUAUAUAUAUAUAUAAUCUCUAUACAUACACAAUCCUGUGUGUAUGUCAUGCAUGUUGUUAGAAUGUUCUACAAGUUAUUUCUAAUAACAUAUUUGUAAAUAUGUUACAAUCAGGACAGAUCUGCUGUUCUAUGUAAUGUAAGACCUCUGUGUGAUGUGAUGAGAUUUUAGUGUUAUGUGUGUUCCACAUUCUAGAAUGUAUUCAGUAUGAAUGCACAGUAAAGCCUUUAUGAGACCCCCAUCCAUAUUAGCAGCCCCCCUAAACCCUUCCAAUUAUUUUUCUACCUUUGUCCCCCCUUUUACCUGACAUAGCAGGGGGACCUCUGGACGUCUGGCAGGCACAGUGUCAGACUGAGCGCUGGGUAGUCACGUGACAGGGCCGGUGCAAGGAUUUUUGCCAACCUAGGCAAAAGUAAAGUUUGCCGCCCCACCCUCCAUGUGACAUCACAAUGCCCCACCCAUAUGAUCUGCCAUGUUAACUAACGCCAGUGCUGGAGUGCCGCCGUGUUUACAUUAAAAGGCCUGCAGGGACAGGCUAUAGACACCAGAACCACUUCAUUAAGCUGCAGUGGUUCUGGGGACUAUAGUGUUUCUUUAAUGAGAGGUAAAUUAGAGAUUAGUGCCACGAAUAAUAUACUAGAUUGGCUACUUACAACCAGAUGAGGAUGAUGAUGGGCUCUGGCUGCAGUUUGGCUCCACUGGUCUGGUGUAGAACAGGCUCUCUGGAGGCUGUUUGUAACUGUGGUCACAAAAAUCAAUGUUCUGGGAGAACGGGAAGCAGCUCCAUUUUUUGGGGCCCUUUACACAGCUCAAGGUCUGGGUCCCAGGGUCCACCUUCAUGUUCCACCAAUGAGUUUGUUCACAGGGGGUGGAGUGUGUAGGGGAUGCAUUGUGUGAAUCUGUGUUUGUAUGUGUAAGGGCUGCAAGGUGUGUUUCUGUGUAUGUACGGGAUGCAGUGUGUUUGUCUGUAAGGGGUGCAUUUAGUGUGUGUAAGGAAUGCAUUGUGUGUUUCCUUGUGUGUAAGGUUUGCAUGAUUGUGCGUGUGUGUGUGUGAUGAUCUCUCUCCCUCCCUUGUCACUCUCUUUCUCCCUCUCCCUCCCUUGUCACAAGACCACGCAGGGCUGUUAUUUAAAAAAAAAAAAAAAAUCUAAAGCUUAAACGUGAACAAUAUAUCCCUAAACAAAAUGUGCUCUUCUCUAUCAUGCAAUGACAAUGUCGAAAUGUUAUGUUGUUGUGACAAGGCAGUCUAUUUUUCCCUGCACCAAAAAAAUAAAGAAUUAUAAAAAAGAAAAGGGAAAAAAUCACAAUACGAGUUACUAUCUGUUCCCAUAUGUUCCCAUAUGUUCCCAUAUUUAGCACAAUAUCCCAAGUCAAUCCUCGUUAGUAUAGUGGUAAGUAUCCCCGCCUGUCACGCGGGAGACCGGGGUUCGAUUCCCCGACGGGGAGGCGUAUUUUUAUCCUUUUUUUGCAUAAAGGAUUACUCAUGCGUUAUCUAUGUUUUGUUAUAUUUUUAUUGGCAUUGUCAACUUACUAGCCCUAAACUUUGUAUCUAAUAGUUUUUUCGAUCUCUUCUAUUUAGAUUUCUUUUUAACAGCAAAAUAUGAAACGUAUGUAUGUAGAUAGACAGCUACAGCUAUGUACUGUUGUGUGAACUUACUUUACAUCAGCCGAAAUAGCUCAGUUGGGAGAGCGUUAGACUGAAGAUCUAAAGGUCCCUGGUUCGAUCCCGGGUUUCGGCAAACUUUUCUUCCAAAGAAAUAAAUAUUAUUUAGCUAUCAUUUUGUUUCCAAAGUCCUUCUCCAAAUGCAUGGUUUAUUACAUGUCAAAUGACAUAGCUCAAUUACUGAAAUAAUAAAGAAAAAGAGGAACACAAAAGUUUCAGAUCCAGUUCUAUAAUAAAGUUUAUUGAUAUCUCAAUACAUUGGUAGGUAGUCGAAGUGUACUGUACUUUCUCUUUCCGCUGUUAUAUUUAAUAUAUUCUUCAUUUGUAGACAGCCAUGUUACAGUCACAAUGAAUAAUAGUGCGCACAGACAGAAUCCACUCACAACCAUACUGAUGCAACACAUAAUAAGCAUUACCGAAAAGACAAUAGCAAAAUAAAACCAAUUAAAUUUUUUAAUGUAAAACUAACAUGAACCAAACUAGCCAAAGUGUUUUGGGUGCAAAGCCCUGCUAUCGAGUUGGCCUCUGAUGUGAACACAUUGAGUCAGUGUUAUAGAUCACUUACAAAGAAACCAGAAGGGGAACAGACCCAUUCCCAGCAUAAAAUUGAAAAUGGAGAUGCCGGGGAUUGAACCCGGGGCCUCAUACAUGCAAAGCAUGCGCUCUACCACUGAGCUACAUCCCCUCCUACAGAUACGAGUUCUGAGAUAAUGUUCUAUGAUAUAUCGAAUAUAGCGUGAUGGAAUAAACAAUGAAAAUAAAGCCUCCCCGUCGGGGAAUCGAACCCCGGUCUCCCGCGUGACAGGUGGGGAUACUUACCACUAUACUAACGAGGAUUAGCUGUAAGAGCUUUUGAAAUAUACAUAUACAUACUAUAAAUAUUAAUAAUAGCUUAUAAGUAUAUCCCAAACAAUAUACAAUCGAUAAAUAAUAUAGAAAGCAAUAGUACUUAGCUUAUAAAGAUGUAUGACAGCCUCCCUAGGUCGUUACCCAAACAAGCGACCUAUAUCAUAUAUAGUAUAAACCAAAACAGAGAAGAUUCGGGAUAUGGCUGUGUAAAUCUACAGAGAAAGCAUAAAACAAAACAUAGUGUGAUAUUGUUAUAAAACACAAUAUUUCAUGCGCAGUAAUCUUGUGCACUCACAGGAUGUAGGCAGUAAAAGCGCUCUUAAGGUGCCUUCCCCAAUGGAAUGGGGGGCUAGCUGGUAUUCCUUAUCACCUCUGGAUCCUUGUAUCACCAAAAGACAUCCACAGGUCAGGGUUCAGUAAUAAAAAAUUUAUUUAGAUAAAAAGUGUAGUCACCAAUUCAGCAUAGGAUACAAAUAACAGAAGGUUGUCCUACGCGUUUCGUUCUAUAAGAACUUCCUCAGGGACCACAAUUAAAAACAAUAAUAACAAUGUAUCAAUGUACAAUACAUAAACAUAUCCUAUACACAUCCCCCCUCCCUGUGUCCUUAAAUAGGGCUAAUCCCUAAAGUCUAUUGGUGGAUCCAGUAGGCGUGUAAAUCCUCCUUGGUUCUAAUUGGAGGACUGAUCUUCCUGUGGCAGCUGUUUGUCAUCCAUUCAUUUUCCAUAAUUUGUAAUUUGCGCCUUUUUCGGCAAAUACCGGAAGUGGUCAUAAUUUGCCGAAACCGGAAGUGACGUCGCGGGAACGUCCGCGUUCCACAUGCGUUCCACCAGUAACGUCUCCAUGGCAACCGGGCGCGAUCAAGUCAUUCAAAAGGUCAAAUGGAACACAGGACAAAUAAAAAGCCCCAUUCUGCUUGAGAAAAAAAACUGUUAACCAUUUUUAACAUAUUUAGCCGUUAUUUAUGUAUAUAUAUCUGUUGAGUAUCACCCUCCUCAUUAAUCCCAUCACACAACAUAAUGUUAAUCCUCAUAUUGUACCAAGUAAUCAUAAUACCUCAGUAUAUUAUAAGCCUAAGGCUUCGUAUUACAAAGUGAUCAUAUUUCCUAUGUCUAUUAUUUAAAAGGUUUUUUUUUUUUUUUUUUUUAUAACUUUAUACAUUGUUAAUCAAAGUGAACACCGUAAUCAAUUCAUCACUGUAUCAGUUUAAACUUCAAUUUGUCGUGUUAUAUAUUUGUACUCCCCAUAAAAAUCUUUGGGAUAAACCUAUUAUACACAUUGAAAUAAUCCAUUGCUAUGGUUACACAAAAACGGGGGUUAGUAGAUUGUGGCUACAAAAUAACUACUUCCCAUAUAAACUUUAUUUAGUGAAUCUACCACAUUCAAUUUAUACCAGCUCUAAAAAACCUUAGAGCAAAUCCAUUAUUUAUAUUAGAAUAAUCGGUUAUUGUGUUUUUAUUAUAGUCUUUUGUGAUUUUUGGUCAUAUAGGACAAUAGAUCACAAAUUGUAAAAAAAGAGAUAAAAUAAAAUAUAAGAGAUAUAAAAUAACUACCUGGUAUUUGAUAUAUAUAUAAAUCCUCUCUCUAAGUAGGGAUUAGCUUUCAACUGUAGAAACAACCCAAAUUAAAGGCAAACACACAUAUCCCAGUUUCUGCUAUGUUUAUAAAAAGAUGGGUUAACCCUAGCUGGACCUGUCACCCAGACCACUUCAUUAAGCUGAUGUGGUCUGGGUGCCUAGAGUGGUCCUUUAGUGAAGUGGUCUGGGUGCCAGGUCCAUCUAGGAUUAACCCUUUUUUAAAUAAACAUAGCAGUUUCAGAGAAACUGCUAUGUUUAUAAUUUGGUUAAUCCAGCCAAUGUAAUCAAGCCAAUGUAAUCCAGCCAAUGUAAUCCAGCCAAUGUAAUCAAAGGGGAACCUAAAUGGGUUAAGCCUUCCCCCAAAGCCUCUAGCGGCUGUCUCAUUGACAGCCGCUAGAGGCGCUUGCGUGCUUCUCACUGUGAAAAUCACAGUGAGAGCACGCAAGCGUCCAUAGGAAAUCAUUGUAAAUGCUUUCCUAUGAGACCGGCUGAAUGCGCGCGCAGCUCUUGCCGCGCAUGCGCAUUCAGCCAAAUGGGCAGAGAGGAGGAGGAUCGGAAGAGGAGAGCUCCCCGCUCAGCGCUGGAAAAAGGUAAGUUUUUACCCCUUUCCAGAGCCGGGAGGGAGGGGGUCCCUGAGGGUGGGGGCACCCUCAGGGCACUAUAGUGCCAGGAAAACGAGUAUGUUUUCCUGGCACUAUAGUGGUCCUUUAAUCUGAAGUGGUCUGGGUGCCUAUAGUGGUCCUUUAAGGCAUUAAAAUAUAUAAAUAAAAUAUAUCAACACAUUAAAUAUUUUUAAAAAGGUUAAUCAAUGAAUAUUAAAUCAUUUUAAAUGCUUAUCCAAAAACAUUAAACCGAUACCUUAGUUAGAAAAAAACAUUGGUUUUUAAUAACCCUUUAUUUAUUUGUUGAAUUGUAAACUGUCUGUAAUUCAACGUGAAUUUCACAUUUUAGGCAAAAGAAAAUCCAAAGUGAAAACAUUGCUGAACAGGAUUUUUUAAAUUUUUUUUUACCAAUCCAGCUACUUUGGCCUAAAACAUUGAAACUGACCCCUGGGACUGUGUACCAGCAAUGAACACACCACACCGUCUUUAUAUGUUUAUUAAUUUUUAUUAAGGAAUAGAAUUGCUCUGUGACUGCAUUUUAUGCGCUUUCUCCUCUGGUCCUCCAUAAAGACACAUGAAUAAUUAGAGGUGCCAAGCCCUGUCCAGCCCCGGCCCGCACUGUGUGACUGGCUCUCAUUAUUACACGGUGAGUCCAGGGAUUUCCAGAGCCGCCUCAUUACCUCACUGUUUGUGCACAAUGUAGUCCCGGCGAAGCGCCCACCCGCCACCGGGCCAAUCUCCACCCAUUACAUAUCCAUACACCUUAUAUGCUUACUGGAAAAAAUCUCCGUAAAACUCGCACUUUAGAAAUGACAGCCUUCUCGUUGUGUUACUAACACGGAUACUUUAAACCAGGCGAUGAUAUCCUAACCCGGUGAUCACCGCGCGACCCUCUUCAUAUAGUCCCUCCCUCCCAGGCCCCUUCCUCGGAGGGAUACAGUGCGCGUACUAUAUAAGGCCCGCCCUUUGUCCGCUCACUGCAGUUGUGUUCAGACAGAUAUUGGCGCAAUAACUGUGGUUAGUGUGUCAGCUUAUCGGAUACAGCAGUAAGUAUGGCUGAUUUGUUUAAUAUGUUUGUACGGAGGCUGUACUCCGUGUGAUUAGUUAGUUGGCGUUAAUUAUUACUUGGCGGUGCCAGGCGGGCUGGGUGUGAGGGCGAUGUAUUAGGCGGAUUGCCAGGCGGGCUGGGUGUGAGGGCGAUGUAUUAGGCGGAUUGCCAGGCGGGCUGGGUGUGAGGGCGAUGUAUUAGGCGGAUUGCCAGGCGGGCUGGGUGUGAGGGAGCGCCGUGCCUGGGGAGAGGUAUUAUUAUUAUUAUUAUUAUUAUUAGGCGGGCUGGGUGUGAGGUGGUAGCCCCGGGCUGAAGUGGAUCCUGGGCCGUUAUUCCCGCUUAGUAACCCGAUAUUACAGCGGAUUACUCCGCAUUGUAUUAAUCUCGGUGUUGCGUAGACUGGCUCUGGGUGCCGUGUCCUCUCACUGCGAGGCGCUCGCUAAGAUGGCGCUUUCAAUUAUCACAAAAUGCCGUUAUCUCCUCGCGCGCUAGGGGUGCCAAUGAGUAUCUCUGACGUCAGAAGCGUUACUAAGGGGACGGCGCGUGAUGUGGCUGUGACGUGUCAUGCUGUGGGGUGGGGGUGGGGCCUGGCUCUGUAGCACAGCUGCUGAGCAGAGUGGGUCUGACAGCUCACCCAUGGGAGGCUUCAUGGACUCGGGUGUCCUUGGGGGUGUGUGUGAAGAUAACGUGUCUCUUUUGGGGUGUGUUUCUUGGUGUGAGUUUAGUAUAGAAUAAGCUUCUUAUGAUGUUUAAAACCUACAGCAACUUUAGGGCUUCGCCUCUUCAGGUAUAAUCAAGUGUUUGAUCUCGAGAUCAGUGUAAUGUUUGUCUUGAUCUGGUAAUGUCUUAUUUCUAAAUGUAGUGUAGGUCUCUAAUGCAGAAUUCAAUAAGGGUUGCUGUUGAAAUAUGCUUUAUGCACCCUGCAAAACUGUGUACAUUAUCAGUCUUUCAACACUUCAGGAUCUUCAAAGGGGAACCUAAAACCUCUGUCCAUCCAUAUUUGUCUUCAAUGUCCUGCCAUUUAGAAGUAAAAUCAUUGUUUGUCAUGUAGCUUUAGUUGUGCCUUCCCUGGCUUUGACUGACCAAGCCUGCUUUGUGGAAAAUGGCUUCAUGUUUUAAUCUGACAUGAAGUUGUUUGAGAUGGUUUUUAUCUUCUGCUCACACAUGGGGGAGGCUUCUGCAUGGGUUUAGGGGUUUAUUAACAGAGCAGAAGAAAUUCUAGACUAAACCGUCCUGUACAGGAAUCUAUAAACAAGCCAUUUUCCCAUGAAGUGUAGUACAAAGAUGUAUUCCUGGCACUAUCGCUUCCCCCUCCCUAGUAAAUAGUUAAAUAAAACUUUACUUGCCUGAUCCCAGCGGUGAUGUCCAUUGACGCUGGGUCAAAGCUGCUCCUCCGUCCAGCAUCGAGCGGGCUCUAAUGCCCAUGCAUGGCAAAUGCCCCAUGCACACUAGACCCAAUUUUUCUCCUAUGGGGACAAAACUGACAUGCAGAACAUGAGGACAUCCAGCAGCAGAUUACUGCACCAAAGGUCUGUUUCAAACCAGGAAGCCCACACUUACAAGAGGGUGACUUAUUGCUGCAAUGUAAACAUUGCGGUUUAUCUGGAACUGCAAUGUUUAAACAUUGCAGCACAAAAGACAAUAGGGACUCUAACCAGACCGCUGAAGUGGCCUGGGUGCUUAGUGUCCCUUUAAUACACAGAACGUAUUCUAAAAUACUUUGUUUUUGCUCCUCCGUUUACUACAAUACCUGAUGUCACUGCUCCAUACACGUUAAGUCUUGCAUCACUAAGUAGUGGUAAAUGCAACCAGCAUAUCUUCAUUUUCUGCAGGUGUUAAAAUUUCUAAUGCACCUUAUCAGACUAGUGCCACUUUCAGUAUUGUACAGAUUAUUCUAUAUAUUUACUAGCUGUGCUUCUGCCUCUCCAACAACCUAACAAACAAGUCUCUAACUCUAUUUAGGAAGCAUGCUUUUUAUCAUGCCAAAAACAUCCUGCUUUGAAGGAAUUAUUGAGUAAGGCUAGAGUAGGAGAUAAAAUUGGCAUAGGAACGUAUUGAUACUUGUCUCCAACUUGUAUAUAUUUUAUGCACUUUGAUAAAGUAUGAGUAACAAUGCAUUAUUCAUUUAGAAAUAUGUAACCCCAUCAGAACAAAAAUUAAGGGAACUGUAGGGCAGAUCCUGUUAUGCAAUAGCUUACAUAUUGACCCUUUUUAUUCUUUUUUUUUUAGAACAUGCAGAUCUUUGUGAAAACACUCACUGGGAAGACCAUUACAUUGGAGGUUGAGCCCAGUGACACUAUUGAGAACGUGAAGGCAAAGAUCCAAGACAAAGAGGGCAUCCCACCUGACCAGCAGAGGUUGAUCUUUGCUGGAAAGCAGCUGGAAGAUGGCCGCACGCUUUCAGACUAUAAUAUUCAGAAAGAAUCCACUCUGCACUUGGUUCUCCGUCUGCGAGGUGGUAUGCAGAUCUUUGUGAAGACACUCACUGGGAAGACCAUUACAUUGGAGGUUGAGCCCAGUGACACUAUUGAGAACGUGAAGGCAAAGAUCCAAGACAAAGAGGGCAUCCCACCUGACCAGCAGAGGUUGAUCUUUGCUGGAAAGCAGCUGGAAGAUGGCCGCACGCUUUCAGACUAUAAUAUUCAGAAAGAAUCCACUCUGCACUUGGUUCUCCGUCUGCGAGGUGGUAUGCAGAUCUUUGUGAAGACACUCACUGGGAAGACCAUUACAUUGGAGGUUGAGCCCAGUGACACUAUUGAGAACGUGAAGGCAAAGAUCCAAGACAAAGAGGGCAUCCCACCUGACCAGCAGAGGUUGAUCUUUGCUGGAAAGCAGCUGGAAGAUGGCCGCACGCUUUCAGACUAUAAUAUUCAGAAAGAAUCCACUCUGCACUUGGUUCUCCGUCUGCGAGGUGGUAUGCAGAUCUUUGUGAAGACACUCACUGGGAAGACAAUUACAUUAGAGGUUGAGCCCAGUGACACUAUUGAGAACGUGAAGGCAAAGAUCCAAGACAAAGAAGGCAUCCCACCUGACCAGCAGAGGUUGAUCUUUGCUGGAAAGCAGCUGGAAGAUGGCCGCACGCUUUCAGACUAUAAUAUUCAGAAAGAAUCCACUCUGCACUUGGUUCUCCGUCUGCGAGGUGGUAUGCAGAUCUUUGUGAAGACACUCACUGGGAAGACCAUUACAUUGGAGGUUGAGCCCAGUGACACUAUUGAGAACGUGAAGGCAAAGAUCCAAGACAAAGAAGGCAUCCCACCUGACCAGCAGAGGUUGAUCUUUGCUGGAAAGCAGCUGGAAGAUGGCCGCACGCUUUCAGACUAUAAUAUUCAGAAAGAAUCCACUCUGCACUUGGUUCUCCGUCUGCGAGGUGGUAUGCAGAUCUUUGUGAAGACACUCACUGGGAAGACCAUUACAUUGGAGGUUGAACCCAGUGACACUAUUGAGAACGUGAAGGCAAAGAUCCAAGACAAAGAGGGCAUCCCACCUGACCAGCAGAGGUUGAUCUUUGCUGGAAAGCAGCUGGAAGAUGGCCGCACGCUUUCAGACUAUAAUAUUCAGAAAGAAUCCACUCUGCACUUGGUUCUCCGUCUGCGAGGUGGUAUGCAGAUCUUUGUGAAGACACUCACUGGGAAGACAAUUACAUUAGAGGUUGAGCCCAGUGACACUAUUGAGAACGUGAAGGCAAAGAUCCAAGACAAAGAAGGCAUCCCACCUGACCAGCAGAGGUUGAUCUUUGCUGGAAAGCAGCUGGAAGAUGGCCGCACACUCUCUGACUACAACAUUCAAAAAGAGUCUACACUCCACCUUGUUUUGCGCUUGAGAGGUGGCAUCUAA